AUGUCUUUGGUCGUCCCGGAAGCCCACGUGCAAUUCCAGCACAUCUUGCGAUUGCUCAACACCAACGUUGACGGCAAGCGCAAGAUCAUGUUCGCCUUGACCGAGAUCAAGGGUGUCGGUCGUCGUUACGCCAACGUCGUCUGCAAGAAGGCCGAUGUCGAUCUCAACAAGCGGUCAGUUCACGCUCGCUGCUACAAGGUCAUGGGGAACAGGCGCGAGGCUGAGGCUGGUGGCGCGUGACGGGAUGGACGAUGGCGGCCCAAGGGAUGAGAGAAAGAUCGUACAGCUGACAAAUGUCUUUAUCGUAUCGCCAAAAUCAGUGCCGGUCAACUCAACCCCGAUGAGCUGGAGCGCCUCGUCACCAUCAUGCAAAACCCCACCCAAUUCAAGAUCCCCAACUGGUUCCUCAACAGGUAUGCCAUGCCCCGCCAGUCGAUACGGCUCCGGAUGACGAACGCGCGAUGCUGACCAGAAUUGGCUUUGGCUCUUGUGUAACCGGCUCACAGGCAAAAGGACUGGAUCGAUGGCAAGUACGGCCAGCUCUUGUCCAACCAACUUGACUCUAAAGUGAGUUUCCAUCGCCUCGUUGUGCGCGUGCUUCACAUACAGUUGAGUUGAUACCUCGUUUCACGCCGCUGCUGCAAUCUCCCCACUAGAUGCGUGAGGAUCUCGAGCGACUGAAGAAGAUCCGCCUCCACCGAGCUCUCCGUACCUACUGGGGUCUUCGUGUCCGUGGUCAACACACCAAGACCACCGGUCGCCGAGGAAAGACCGUCGGUGUCUCCAAGAAAAGUGAGUCCUGCGUCUUUGAUGCUUUCCGCUCUCUUUCGAGGAAUUCGUUGUACUAACGACGCGUCCUUCUGCUCUCGCGCUCUAGAGUAA